GAGCUGCAAGAGUUAGUAAAUCAGGAAAUGAACGUAAUACACCAGACAAGUAACGCAUUGAAUAAGUGCUGUCACGAUAUGUCCGUGUUUGCCGGAUCGGCUGAAGCUGUUGAGUGUAAUAGACUGCUACUUGUUGCUUGUAAAAAGCGCGAAGCCUACCUGAUAGAGAUGCAGAAACUGAAAGAAAAUCCGAACUAUCAGAAAGUGAUGGUAACAUCAAGAAGGGGAGGGGGAGGUACAUCCCUACUUGGACCCCAGGGCAGGCUGACCAUCAGUGACAUCAGGCUGCCCAUAAAGGGAGAUUUCCUAAACAAACUGGGGACAAUUCAAGAUACGACGACUCAUUACUUCCUGAUUAUGAUCAGACACGAGACACACAUCAUGUUCACUCAGAUGACGUCAACGCACGACGGCCAGCUCUACGGGUGCAGCAAGAACAGGGGACGUAGGGACUACCUGGAAUUCCCCAACCUUAUAAAUAUUAAUAAUGUCGGCCAGGAUUUUGACAUUGUCGUUGAGAUCUAUGGAAUGGUCGUGUCACCAAGUGAUCCAAUAAACUCACCUCGAAAAAAGACACCAAAGAAGACAGGACUACUCAAUCUGACUCCCAGAUCGUCGAGAAGAUAUGAAACGUCGUCAGGUGUGGGUUCAGCAGCUACGACAGCUGCUUCAGUCAGGAGCACAAAUUUCAUUCAACUAGCCUCCAUAAAGCUGAAUAGAUCACAUGUAUCACUCAGUGCAUUUGCAUUAGAAAGGAUACCCCAGUCCUGUCCUAUACAGAAUUGUAUCAUGAUGAACCUCAAAUGCAUGAUGGAGAACGUGAUUGAGAGGAAAGAUUUCUUGACAAUGUUUGAGGAUGUUAGUGGGUUGGGAGCUUGGCACAGAAGAUGGUUCUCACUGAAAAAUGGAGUUCUGUCAUAUUGGAAGUACCCUGAUGACGAAUUGUAUAAGGAGCCCCUUGGAACGGUCGAUCUAAAAACCUGCAUAACAGCAAGCGUGGGAUUGGUCACACGCGAAGUUUGUGCCCGACCCAACACGUUCGAGAUUGAGACUAUGAGAAACAAGAGGAGAGGUGAUCGAAAUACACUGAUACAGACUUGUAACGAUAAACUGGCCUCUAUUACUACUAAACACUGGUUAUCAGCUGACACCAAAGAAGAUAGAGAGUCUUGGUGUAGAAGUUUAAAUGAAGCUCUAGUUAAUUUAAGGGCCUGGCAUGCUGACGCCAUGAGACCCAUCUCUAAGUGGCCCCAGUAAUGUGCUCGUCGUUGGCUGUUGUUGUUUUGGUGGGAGUAGUUGUACCUGCCUAUUUUCGAGAAUUAUAAAUUCCGGCAGUUUGUCAUUAUUAUUAACCUGUGUAGUUUUUAUCUCCAAAUUUCUAAAUUUAUUUACCACAGACGUCAGGUUGAAACCAUGAAAUGAAUUAAAUUUUUCUCUAAACUUGUUAAACAGCUUUUAAACCUGUAAUUUUAUACUGCGUUGCGGAUGUACGUGUGUAUAUGUAUGCUAGAUUUUUAAUAUUGGUGUUCAUUUUAUUCACAUUAUAUAUAUAUAUAUAUAUAUACAAAUAUAUUUUAGUUUUAACAGUUUGGCGAUUCAUUACGUAUUUUAAAUUCAUUCAUCUCAAAUCUUUUAUGAUAUCAUGCGUGCGUGUGUA